CUGAUCCCUCCUUUCCUCUCUCCUUCAACUCUGGUUCUCCCCCACCCCCAGCCAUCUUCCUCCAGUGGUACCCAUCUCUGGCGCCUGAACUGCAGAGGGAUCGCCCAUUCUGCCCACCGCAGCCUCAUCAUGGACAGCACUAGCAUGGCCAUCCUGCUUCUGUUCCUGGCUUUCAUCUACCUGUUCCUGACCAUGGGCUCCAGGGGCAAGGGCCGGUUGCCUCCAGGCCCCAAGCCCCUGCCACUGCUGGGGAACCUGCUGCAGCUCCGCUCCCAGGACAUGCUCAGCUCCCUCACCAAGCUGAGCAAGGAAUACGGCUCCGUCUAUACUGUGUACCUGGGGCCCAGGCGGGUGGUGGUCCUCAGCGGGUACCAAGCUGUGAAGGAGGCCCUGGUGGACCAAGGGGAUGAGUUCAGUGGCCGCGGUAGCUACCCUGUCUUUUUCAACUUCACCAAGGGCAACGGCAUUGCCUUCUCCAAUGGGGACCGCUGGAAGGCCCUCCGCAGGUUUUCCAUGCAGAUUCUCCGGAACUUCGGGAUGGGGAAGAGGAGCAUCGAAGAGCGGAUUUUGGAGGAAGGCCGCUUCUUGCUGGCAGAGCUGCAGAAAACCGAAGGCAAGCCCUUCGACCCCACGUUCGUGCUGAGCCGCACCGUGUCCAACAUCAUCUGCUCCGUCAUCUUCGGCAGCCGCUUCGAUUACGACGACGAGCGCCUGCUCACCAUCAUCCGCCUCAUCAACGACAACUUCCAGAUCAUGAGCAGCCCCUGGGGCGAGUUGUACAACAUCUUCCCGAGCCUGCUGGACUGGGUGCCCGGGCCGCACCGUCGCCUCUUCCAGAACUACGGGUCCAUGAAGAGCCUGAUCGCGCGCAGUGUCCGCGACCAUCAGGCCACUCUGGACCCCGACUCUCCGCGGGACUUCAUCGAUUGCUUCCUCACCAAGAUGGCCCAGGAGCAGCAGGACCCACUGAGCCACUUCCAUAUGGACACCCUGCUGAUGACCACGCACAACCUGCUCUUCGGGGGCACUGAGACCGUGAGCACCACACUGCGCCACACCUUCCUGGUGCUCAUGAAGUACCCCAAGGUGCAAGCCCGCAUCCAGGAGGAGAUUGACCGCGUGGUGGGGCACUCGCGGCUGCCCACGUUGGAGGACCGCCCCGCCAUGCCUUACACGGACGCGGUGAUCCACGAGGUGCAGCGCUUCGCGGACGUCAUCCCCAUGAACCUGCCCCACCGUGUCAUCCGCGACACUGACUUCCGAGGCUUCCUGUUACCCAAGGGCACUGACGUCAUCACCCUUCUCAACACGGUCCACUACGACCCCAGCCAAUUCCUUACACCCAAGGACUUUAACCCCGAGCACUUCCUGGAUGCCAACCAGUCCUUCAAGAAAAGCCCCGCCUUCAUGCCCUUCUCAGCAGGGCGCCGGCUGUGCCUGGGAGAGUCGCUGGCGCGCAUGGAGCUCUUCCUCUUCCUCACCGCCAUUCUGCAGAACUUCUCGCUGCAGCCUUUGGGGGAUCCCGAGGACAUCGACCUGACCCCGAUCAGCUCCGGUCUGGGCAACGUGCCGCGACCCUUCCAGCUGUGCGUGCGCGCGCGCUGAUGGCCGCUCCAGGGCUGCCUCUGUCCCUCUGCUCCCGCCCGCUGUCCAGCCCCUGCCACUUCGCUGUCAACCUCCUUGCCCACACGAUGCACCUAUCACCUGUCUGUCACCAUCUGGGUCUUCUUGUGCCCAUAUAACUUGCUCCCCGAUGUGACCCUUUCUGGGAGGCUUUUUGUAUCAUUUUCUAAUAAAUUUAUAAUAGAUUC